AUGCCUAUGUUAUUCAUUCGCGCGUUGCAGAUACUUUGCGUAGCUGUGAGCUUAGCUUUCGUUCGGGCCAGUCCUUUGGAGCCUCGACAAUGCGCGGCCACACUCGACCUUGCCUCUGUUGUUGCUCACCGCCUUCAGGAUCAUUACUAUAAUCCAAGCUCAGGCGGAUACAAUGGGGGUUCUUUGUGGACCGAUGCUAACACCUUCGAAGACCUUCAUAACCUCAUGCUUGCGAGUGGGUCGAACGACUUCUCCUCCAUUGCGGAUGGCACCUUCCUUGGAAGGGCUGCUCUCAACCCAUCCACCAAUUGGAACAACUUCAUCGGAGGUAGCUUUGAUGACGCGCAGUGGUUUAUCCUUGCAUUAUGGAAGAUCGCCGAUUUCAAGGGUGCUCGGGGACUCGACAACAGCGCUUACCUGACAUCGGCAGCUAAGAUAUACGACAUCAUCGCCAAUCAGUGGGAUGACCAUUGCGGCGGCGGCGUGUGGUGGUCAUCGGCGCGCACCUACAAGAACGCGAUCACAAAUGAACUAUUCUUACUCACAUCAGCAUCAGGAUUUCUCAGAAACAGGCAGUUGACCAACUACCUCGAUAAUGCCAAAAGGGUCUGGAACUGGUUGAAAAAUUCCGGUAUGCGCAAUGCAGAUGGCCUCUUUAACGACGGUAUAGACUUCAACACUUGUGCAAACAAUGGGCAGACGACAUGGACCUACAACCAAGGAGUCAUCGCUUCAGGUCUGGGCGCGUUAUUCGCGGCAACUGGAGACAGAACCCUACUGGACGAAGCAGAAAUUACGCUGGAUGCGACGAUACGUCAUCUUUCGACAAAUAACAUCCUGAGGGAGUCCUGCGACAACGCGGCCUCGGGUGGUCCAGUCUGCAAUCAAGACCAGGGCAUCUGGACGAAGCAUCUGCAAUACUACCUGGACACUGCUAAUGAUGCCGGUCGAACGGCCAAAUACGCUGCAUUUUUGGGAUCUCAGAGCUCCGGCGUCCUUCACUUUGGGACCAGUGCGAGCAAGGAUGUUGGCUCCGUGUGGUAUGCGCCUGACCAGGGAGGUUCCAUAUUCACGCCAAAGACAUCAGCGAGUGGACUCGCCGCACAUGUCGCCGCUGCCAAGUAUGCUCCUUGUUAG